GGCGUGCCCUGGCGGCGGGUGGCGGCGGCGCGGGGCUCUCUCAUGUUCGGCGUUGAGCCCCGGCUGCUGCCGCGGUCUCCAGAGCUGCCGCCGCUGCGGUCGUCCCUGACCGUCGCGGCCUCAGGGUGCUUCCCGCACGCCACAGGCCCAUCAGUGGCCCUGACCCUUGCCCUCCCCUCUGCACUCCCCACCCGUCAGGCUCCUGCUGGUGUCCCUGGAGCAUGGGAGGCUGCUGAGCGUGACUGGUGGUGUCCAGCAGGAGCUGCGUGUCUCACCCUGUGGCAGGGAGGGCGUCCAUGGCUGCAGCCAACAAGGGCAGCAAGUCCAGAGUCCGGAGUAUCCGCUUCGCAGCAAGCCACGAUGCAGAAAGCUCCCAGAGUCACGUCCACUUUGAUGAGAAGCUGCAUGACUCUGUGGUCAUGGUCACCCAGGAGAGCGACAGCAGCUUUCUGGUCAAGGUUGGCUUCCUGAAGAUCCUGCACAGGUAUGAGAUUACCUUCACUCUACCCCCAGUGCACAGGCUGAGCAAGGACGUCCGAGAGACACCUGUCCCCAGCCUGCACCUCAAGCUCCUCAGCGUCAUGCCCAUCCCAGAAGGUUACAGCGUCAAGUGUGAGUACUCAGCGCACAAGGAGGGCGUCCUCAAGGAGGAGAUGCUGCUAGCCUGUGAAGGUGGCCCCGACACCUGCGUGCGCGUGAUGGUGCAGGCACGCGUCAUGGACCGACACCACGGCACACCCAUGCUGCUAGACGGCGUCAGGUGCGUGGGUGCUGAGCUAGAAUACGACUCCGAGCAUAGUGACUGGCGCGGCUUCGACUGAGGCCCUCGGUGCCACCUGCCUCAGGGCCCUCGGCCUUAAACCCAGCCUCAUCCCCCAGAUGCUGCAUGACGGUGCGGCUUCCUCCCCCUUCCCCAGGGUGGGUGUGCAGGCGGAGGGUCCAUGGGCCUCUACGCUAGAGCCUUGCCCACGCCUCUCACCUCAUUUAAUGUGCCACCUCCCUGCCCCUCCAACGUCCUCUUCUCCCACUUUCUCCUAUGUGCCUCAGCCUCCUGCUGGAAGAAAUGGAUUGAGCCCCCAAGGAGGCUAUCUGAGGAGGGCCAGGGGAGGGCCUGGGGUGGCUUUUACCCACCCCCACCCCAGCCAUAAGGGCUCCAGUCAGAGCCUAGGAGAGGAGGGAGCUGGCUCUGUGGUGGAGCUGUCUCGCUUUAGCCACCUCUCUUUUCUACUCCGUUUUUUCCACUGCUGUCCAUGGUGAGGAGGAGGGAGAUGCAGUUCCCAAUCCCUACCCCCUAGGUCUGUGUUGUUUUUAAAUGACUGGUUGGGAUAAAAUCCUGAAGAAAUAAAACUUCCAGUGGAUA